AAGUGUAUUCUGAAUCAGGGCACGCAGAUAUGCAUCAUGCGAGAGGACAUUUGGAAAGACCUCAGAGCCCCUCUCAACCCAGAUGGAGCAAUCCUGCUUAAAACUGCAAACACCUCAGUAGAGAAGAUGAUCAGGAAGCUCCCAUGUGUUCAGCUCCACUUCGGGUCAAUCAUCAUUGCGACACAUGUCCAGAUAGUGCACCAUGCACCAUUUAAAAUCCUCUUAGAACAGCCAUUCUUUGCUAUGGCAGCUUGCGAGACUUGA